UCUCUGCUUUUGAUUUUUUCUUUCCUCUUUCUGUCCCAUGUUUUUUAACACACUCCCUCUUCAUAUAGGUUCUGCUAUGCCAUUAUUUAUCCAUCUGUACCCUAUUUUUUUUCCUUUAGAUAAAGCAGCGUUUUUACAUAUAUUUUGUUUUAUGUUUUGAAACCUGUAAUGUUUAAGGGGUUGUUUCCUUUCAAUACAGUGAAAUCCGAUUUCUGCUAUGCCAUGUUAUCUUGCUUUUCUCACCUAUCCUCAUUUCUCCCUCCAACAGAUCAACCAGGCUCAUGUCCAGGAAGCUGUGCAAACUAAAGGGGAGUAGGAAUGUGCUGGUGAAGCCUAAAAUUGCAGAACAGCAAGAGCUUGAGAAGAUACAAGAACUUCAAAAGAAUCUCAAGAAAAAUGAGCAUUCCAUGAAAGCUGCCAUAACUAGAGCAGGUCAGUCUUUGAAUAAUGGUGACCCUCCAGUCACAAAACCAGUGGAUUUUCUCUGUAAAACCAAUGAUCAACUUGAGCAUGGUUCCAAUCAACCUGAGAGAAAUGACUGUAACAUGGUGAAAUUUGUUGCAUCACUAAGGAGACACCAAUCGCUAUCGGUUCAGAUUCCUAAACGAGGAUACACAAUCCCAAAACCCUUCAACCUGUCACAGGGAAAAAAACGAAAGCAUGAGGAGGCUUUGGAAUCCAGUGCUGAAAAGGUUAUAUCUUUCUCCAAAAGAACUCCCGCACCUUAUUGCCUGCAUGGCCACCAGAGGGAGCUCGAGGAAGAGGAGGUGCCUGUUAUCAAAGCCACUCGUACGCCACAUUACAGGGUCCUAUUUAAACCCAAACUUUUAGAAAAGAGACAAGUGGAUCAUAGGCGGAGGGUGACUUUUGAGUUUGGGAAGGCUAACCAAAGAUCAGCAAAAAAAAUUUCACCUACCGGAGGUGCAGGCCUUCAGAGCAGUUGGGGGAAACAAUAGCAUUUUUUAAAGCAAAGUCCCCUAUAGAGUGCUAUAGUCACCUUAUUAAGAAAAUGUGUGUGCCCCAAUGAGGCCUUCCAUACCAGGAGGUCCCUCCCAGUGAACAAGCCACAGUGCUUGAUAGAUUUCUUAAAAGAGAACUGAACCCUAAAACAAAAUAUGGCUAAAAAUGCCAUAUUUUAUAUGCUGAACUUAUUGAACCAGCCUAAAAGUUCAGCAUCUCUAUAGCAGUGAUUUCAAACUUGUCACAGGAACUCCCUAUCUUUGAUUUUGUUAAAAGUCUUUUACACGCACAUGCUCAGUGAGCUUUGAGCAGCUGUUUAGAAGCUAAACGUAGGAGUUUUCACAAAUCAGAAAAUAGGUAAGACUGUUAACUGAUAUUACGAAGCUGGUGAAUAAAUUAUGAUGCUAA